GUAUCGUAUUAAUUACGUCCCCCGUAAACUAAUGCUUCGUAAACACUAAACAAACACUCAGAGAUCAGAAUCCCUGUAGCUCUCUUAUUCUAUAUCGCUUAAUCUUGACUUCUCCACACCCAUCAAUCUAAGCAUUUCUCAAAUCUAGAUUUUCAUACCUUCCUCUUUUCUUUUACAAUGUCAAUGCUUGCCAAGACCGACUCUGAGGUGAGCAGCCUGAGCCAGUCGUCGCCGGGCCGAUCAUCCCCUCGCCGUCCCGUUUACUACGUUCAGAGCCCAUCUCGCGACUCUUCCCAGGACGGCGAGAAGACCACCAACUCUUUCCAUUCAAGCCCGCUCCAGAGCCCACUGGGCUCUCCGCCCCACUCUCACUCCAACUCCUCCUUGGGCCCACAUUCCCGCGAGUCUGCCUCCACCCGCUUCUCCGGCUCCCGCAAGACCAGUGCCUCGCGCCGGAAAAGCACUUGGAGGCCCUGGAAAGAUCAGUUCCACGCCAUCGAAGAAGAAGGCCUCCUCGACCCUCACGACGCUUCCCAGAACGGCCUCAGUCGCCGAUGCUACUCCCUCGCUUUCGUUCUUGGUUUCAUCGCCUUGUUCUCCGUCUUCUCUUUGAUUCUAUGGGGCGCCAGCCGAACUCAGAAACCAACCAUCUCAGUGAAGAGUAUAGUGUUCAAUCAAUUUGUGAUUCAAGCGGGUGAGGACGCGUCAGGAGUGCCGACGAGCAUGGUGUCCAUGAAUUCCUCAGUGAAACUCACAUUUCGUAACACUGCUACAUUCUUCGGCGUCCACGUGACCUCUACGCCUCUAGAUCUCACUUAUUAUCAGCUUACUCUGGCCACCGGCACCAUAGCGAAGUUUUAUCAGUCGAGGAAAAGCCAGAGAUCGAUGAGAGUGACGCUGAUAGGGAGUGGGAUCCCAUUGUACGGCGGAGGAGCUAGCUUGAGCAGCGUGAAGGGUGCACCGGCGGAGAGUGUAGCGUUGAAACUGAGGUUCGUGGUUCGAUGGAGGGCUAAGGUGCUGGGGGAACUGGUGAAGCCCAAGUUCUACAAGAAGGUGGAGUGUAUGGUGGACAUGGAUCCGAAGAAGAUGAACAGAGGCAUUUCGUUGAAGAACAAGUGUAGUUACCAGUGAAUGUGAUACUGAUAAUAAUAAUGAAACCGUGAUCAGUCUUCUCUGUCAGAUUCUGCAUGGUUUUGCUGGCAGCUUAUUUACAUUUGGUGGGUGCUUUCGUUAUUUUUUACUCUAAUCCGGCUUGGCUUUAUUUCCUCUUUUUUUGUCUUCUUUCGUCUCUUUGUCUUUCGCCUUUCUUUGACCCAAACUUUUUCGUCUCUUGCAUUAGCUUCUUCGUUUUGGGGAAAUUAGCCUUAUCCCAUCAUUAGUUUUCUUUUUCCCCGAUGAUGCAAGUGGUACGUCUUUUUUUUUUUAUAAGUAUGAAUAAGAAGUGACUACAGAAUCUUUA